UCCAAAGUCCAAAACUCCGCAAGAUUAUCUGAAAAUUCCGAAAUUGCCCUUCCGAUGGAAGAAUCAUCGAAGCUCCGAUCCGGAGAAUGUCUCAACUCCGGGAAACAACCCGACCCGAUCCACAAACCGCCGGAGUCACCAGCGACCAAAUUCUCGUUCCCGAAACUCCUCCUCUGGUUUGACCAAUCGAAUCGCGUUAAAACUAUCCUCUCAUGGUCCGUCUUCUUCCUCCUCGCCGUCAUCGUCCCAAUGAUCUCCCACUUCGUGCUAACCUGCGCCGAAUGCGAUUUCCAACACCACCGUCCAUACGACGCCUUGGUGCAGCUUUCGCUGUCGAUCUUCGCCGGAAUCUCGUUCGUUAGCCUCUCGGAUUGGUCUAAGAAGUACGGUAUCCGAAAGCUCUUGUUCCUCGAUAAGCUCAAAGACGUCAGCGAGAAAGUUAGGAUCGGAUACGAAUCCGAAAUCCAGAGAUCAAUGAAGCUAUUGGCUAUCUUCGUCCUCCCAUCGCUAACGCUUCAAGCCAUCUAUCGCAUCUGGUGGUAUGCUUCUGGCUCAAACCAAAUCCCUUACAUUUUCAACCCAAUACUGAGCCAUGUCUUAGCUUGCACACUCCAGCUCUCUUCUUGGCUAUACCGUACAUCACUCUUCAUCAUCGCUUGUAUCGUCUACCAAAUCAUCUGCCACCUCCAGAUCCUCCGCCUCGACGACUUCGCACUCUGCUUCGCCUCCGAGAUCACUGAUUUCACUUCCACGCUCGCCGAGCAUUUGAAAAUCCGACGUGAACUAAAGAUUGUUAGCCACCGUUUCAGGCGGUUCAUUCUAUUGUCGUUGUUUUUCGUCACUGCCACUCAGUUCAUGGCGUUGCUUACCACCAUUAGAGCUAGUGUUCCCUUUCAUAUCUAUGAAGCUGGCGAGCUCGCGUUAUGUUCCAUAAGUUUGGUGUCAGGGCUUUUCAUAUGCUUGAAAAGUGCAACACAGAUGACUCACAAAGCUCAUUCUGUGACGAGCAUUGCCACGAAAUGGAACGUUUGCGCAACUUUAGACACGUUUGAUGGUCUUGAUCAUGAUGGAGAAACUCCUAGAUUUCCGACUUCAAGACAACAUUUCCAGAUUUUGUCUCGUCGUCGUAAUGUUGUUCAAUCAUCUGAUGAUGAUGAAGAAGGAGAAGGAGACAGUGAUCUUGACAAUACCACGAUACAUCCAAUCCAUGCCCGUGCCAUUUCUUUUCAGAAACGUCAAGCUUUAGUGACCUAUCUAGAGAACAACAAAGCCGGGAUCACUGUUUACGGAUUCUUGGUGGACAAAACUUGGUUGCGGAUGAUCUUCAGCAUCGAGCUUGCUCUUCUACUAUGGCUACUCAAAAAGACAAUCGUGAACAUAACAUGAAAACGGAAUCGUGUAUUGGUUUCUCUCACAACACAGGACAAGGUUAGUGUCCGCGAUAAUUUUUCCACAAUGGCGAUAUAACAUGUAUUUUUUUGGUUGAUCGUCUCUAGAUAAACGUAUAUCAAUGUUUGACUUUCUUUUGGGUUAUUUAUAUGUAUCCAACUCAUGUUUAUUGGUUGUGUAAAAGUAACACUGAUAUACUUUUUAUAUGUUUGGUGGGGUGAAUGUAUGAUUGCGGUUUUGUGA